AAAAAAAAAAGCUGCAUGAUCGGCCGCAGUCGCUUGACUGCGUGUGCUGUCAUGCAACUGUCAGUGGCGAACGCUCGCCUACACAUAUCUGCACAGCUCUGCAAGAAUCUGCGGGACGACAAUACGCAACCUUUGUGUUCUUUGCAUUUCACCAAUUGGAUUGUACCUGAAGAAUAUGACUGGUUCAUCAUAGCCACCGUGCUACGCAGAGACUGCAGAACUGGAGUGGCUUUGACAGUACGCACGCACACACGCUGUAGACGAGUUCUAUGCAUUCUGCAGUUCCACCACGGUAUAUAUAAUCCCCGUAGAUGAGCUGCUUCUGACACAGUGACAGGAACCCUAGACUCCAGAGAGGCCGAGAGACGGAAAUACAGCAACACCAAAACCUGUGCAAAAUGAGUUUCCCUGGAGUGAAGGGGGCUUUGCUGGUGCCAGUGUACAUGAUGACUAGUAGUUGCACUGUUUAAGAUGGCUGAGAAGGUAGCGGUGGACGACCAUGUGGAACAAGCUUGCUAGAUGUGCACCUCUCUUUCUGUUCCUGGUGCUGUCCGGUUUCAUAUUCCUGCUGAGAAACAUCGGGAGCAUAGAAAAUCUUAACUUGAAAACAGUCUCUGCACUCAACCAGCUGCAGUACCAAAUCAGCACUGCCUUACAGCCCAGAAGCCCACUGCUGGGCGUCAGGAACUUGUCUCAAUGCAUCUACCCUUCUCAGGACCAGAGUCCAGAUGAAAUCACAGAGGAGAAACUCCUGCUGGGGUCGAUUGCCUGGCCCGACUCCCCCCAGCGGAACCACCCCUUCCAGCGGAGUUCCAGCCCCUUUAGCAGCUCUUUUUUCAUCCUCAACUCCCGCAUCCAGUUCACAGUGGGCGAGCAGCUGGAGGCGCUGGUCCGCAUGCACGACUUCCAGGGCAGGCCCAAGCAGCACGGGGGCGACUUCCUGCUGGCGCGCAUCCACUCCCCGGAGCUGAAGGCAGGGGCUAUCGGCAAAGUGGUGGACCACCAGAACGGCUUCUACUCAGUGUACUUCGUCCUGCUGUGGGCCGGCGUGCUGCGGGUCUCAGUCACCCUGGUGCACCCCAGCGAGGCCGUGCAGGUGCUGAAGAGGCUGCGCGAGGAGCGGCCCGACCGCGUGUACUUCAAGAGCACCUUCCGCUCCGCACGAUCCUUCGAGACCACUGAGUGCAACUUGUGUCUACCCUCCUCCCACCGGCCUCUCUGCAACUUCACCGACCCCCACACUGGCGAGCCCUGGUUCUGCUACAAGCCCAGGAUGCUGUCCUGCAACACCCGCGUCGACCACACCAAGGGCGGCUACUUGAAACACCUCCUCACUGGAAGAGAGCGUCUGUUUUUUCAGAGUAACAUAAACAUCAAAGUGCCCAUAUUGGCUUUGGGCUCAGAUGAAGUGACUGUGGAAUCCCUUGAUGAAGGUAAAUAUACAGCUCAGUCUAAACUGGAAAGACGAACGCACCACAAUACUGUGAAGUUCUCUCCUGCUGGCUUCUAUUACCAAGAUGCAUGGGUGUCUAAUACGGGAUUGAUUCAGCAGUUCAACAACACCUCCAUCACAGAGUGCCUGCAGGGAAAGGCUGUCCACCUCUUCGGGGACUCCACUGUGCGCCAGUGGUUUGAGUACUUGACUGAAUUCCUUCCAGAUCUUAUGCAGAUUAACCUGAACAGCCCCAAAAACGUGGGCCCGUUCUUGGCAGUGGACAGCGAGCACAACAUUCUCCUGAAGUACCGCUGCCACGGGCCGCCUAUCCGCUUCUCCAAGGUGUCGACCAGUGAGCUGCGCUACAUUGCCAACGAGCUGGAUGACAUCACAGGUGGCAAGGACGUGGUGGUGGCCUUCACCAUCUGGUCCCACUUCAGCACCUUCCCCGUUGAGGUGUACAUCAGACGGCUGCGCCACAUCCGGCGGGCCGUGCUGCGCCUGCGUGCUCGCGCUCCAGAGACUCUGGUGGUCAUCAGGACGGCCAACGCGCAGGCCCUGGACCCCGAGUACAGCCUCUACAACAGCGACUGGUUCUCCCUGCAGCUGGACACCGUCCUCCGUCACAUGUUCCGGGGGCUGGAUGUGGUCCUGGUGGACGCCUGGGAAAUGACCUUGGCCCAUUCCCUCCCUCACGCCCUCCACCCGCCGCCUGUCAUUGUCAAGAACCAAAUUGACGUCUUUCUUUCCCACGUCUGCCCCGUAAAGCACAAAUAGAAAAGACACUCAUGACUCUAACUCCUGCUCCCCAAGUCCAAUGUGGACCUGUGGUUUAAAUGUUGGCCACGUGGUUGAAGGCCCACUUAAUGGACAGAGUUUAGCCGCAUGUUUAUCCAAAUUCAAUUACCUUUUAUGAUGGGGAGCAGACGUUAGGAAUGCAUGUAAUUUAAAAGCAACAUUGGAGCAAUUUUUAGCUUUAGCUUUUCCAAAAACAAUAAUUGUGUCCUUUAGUGGUUAAAGCUGCAGACAGGCAGAUCCUUAUUCUUGGAUUGUGUAUGUAUUUCUUGUGGGAUCCAGGAAAUCUGAGUUUCACUCUUAGCUUUUCCACACAAAGCUGUUUCUCUCUGUGUUUAAAACUGCUUACUGCCUGCCAGGAGAUUUCUGGCCAGUCCAGUUUCGGUUGGUUGACCUGAGGCAGAGGGAUAAUAUGGUGUUUAUCGCAAAGUUCAUGUGUCUGUAAUGAUGGCAGUAUGGCCUGUUCAAAGAAAGUUUUUUGAAUGAAUUCUAACUUGACACACACAUUUUUUUAUGGGCACAUUUUGUUCACGUAUCUGUGAACAAUAUAUAAACUGAAUAAAUUAAUUAAAUAUUCA